UACAAAAGCAAGCUGUGCUUUCACGUGAACCUUCUUCUUCAAGGGAGGAGGAGAAGAGACACUUCAUAGGACAUCUCUCUGUCUCGAACUGGAACAGCAUUCGUAGCAGCAACUUCCAACUCCCAAAUCCAAUAGUGAUUGGUCCCCUCAACCCAAUCCACUUGUUUCGAUGUGUUACUUCUGAUUCACCUGUAACACACACACACUGCCCACACACAUCCGUCUUCUUCCUUUCGUCGCUCCCCCUCCUCAUUUCUGAUUCCAGUCCCGAUCUCAGCUCCGAUUCCUUCCCAUGGACUACGAGCGCAUCCACAAGCCUUUGUCCCCCCAGGGCGGUGGAUUCUCCCCUAAGAAGCUGCGGGCGAUGCUGCUUGGAGCGGAGAGGAGGAGAAAGGAAAAGGAGGAGCUCGAAACGAAGACUUCACUGAGAUCUGAACCCUCGGAGUUCGAGGACAGAAGGGCCAGUGCCGCGGAUAGCUGCAAGGAUGUAGAGUGCUCCACGUCAACGGAGAUGGCGAGUGGCCACAGAUCGAGGGAUCACGCGAUGGGGGAACCGAGGGUUAAGUGUCAGGAAGAGGAUUCUUACGAAUCGGAGAGCGCGUCAUCUGGCUUCGAGUUCCAGAAGGCGGAGCGAACGCCGGCGCACCGGUUGACCGCCGCAGCAGCGUUCGUGCCACCGUUCUCGAAGCCGGCGCCAUCGAAAUGGGACGAUGCACAGAAGUGGAUUGCCAGCCCGACAACUAACCGAGGGGGAAGUAAGGCCGGCGGAGGGCAGCCGAAGAAGGGUAGUCUGGCGGGACACAUGAACCGACAAGCAGCGGCGAAGGUUGUCUUGGAUGUGGAGGAAGUAGACACCAAGAGGGUGGACGGGUGCCAAGCAAGCAAGAAAGUCGGUGAGAUUAAGAGUGUGAAUUGGCUGGCCGAGCCUUGUCCUGUUCCGGAUUCAGGGAUGAAGCUUGGAGUUGCUGUAGAGAAUUCAGUGGUUGAUUCUGCUGUCAAUCUUAGUUGGCAUGAUUCAUCAACAUCUCUUCAGAGUGCUACAUCAUUUAUGAUGCCUGCACCAACUGUUAGGUCCGUGUCCAUGAGAGAUAUGGGCACAGAAAUGACUCCUAUUGCAAGUCAAGAACCUUCUCGGACAGGAACUCCUGUGGGGGCAACUUCACCAAUUUGCAGCCCAACUUCGUCCCGGCCACCAACUCCACAAAGAACAGCUCCAGUUUCAACCCAGACUGACUCAGCUGAUUGCCAUGAGGAUUUUAACAAAAAGAAAUCGUCUGAAAAGGAACUACAAAGGGAAACUAGAAGGGAAAUACUGGUUCUAGGCCAGCAAUUGGGUAAAACGAACAUAACUGCAUGGGCCAGCAAGGAUGAGGAAAUCAAUGCAUCUAAUUCAACUAAGAAUGUCUCAAAAGACCAGCUAGCCAUAAGUGUUAUUGAAGCUCGUGCAACAGCCUGGGAAGAAGCAGAAAAGGCCAAGUAUCUCGCUAGGUUUAGACGAGAAGAGAUCAAAAUCCAAGCAUGGGAAAAUCAUCAAAAAGCAACAAUUGAAGCCGAAAUGAGGAAGAUCGAGGUUGAGGUUGAAAGAAUGAGGGCAUCUGCCCAUGAGAAGUUGAUGAACGAGCUAGCAGCUGUAAGACACAAAGCCGAGGAAAAGCGUGCCACAGCGGAAGCCAAAAGAAAUCAACAAGCUGCAAGAAUUGCUCAGCAAGCCGACUACAUUAGAAGAACUGGUCGAAUUCCUUCUUCAUUUUCUUGCUGGAGUUGGUGCUCCUAGUGCAAACUUGUUUGAAGCAAACAAUUCAAGCUUCUAUGAAUAAUUCUUUUUCUCUAGGUUCAGUGAUGUUGUAAAGCUUGGUAAUCUUCUUGCUGUGUUGUUAAAUUGAAAUCGUAACAUCAUUCUUUAUGUCUUUA